UCUCCAGCAGUCAGUCAAAGCCGCGGACAGCCAGCCAGCGUACGGAUUACGGAAUAUACCGCUGAGGACAAUCUCACGAAUUUCUCCCGCCGCCGUGCGUCCAGCCCGCUUACUAAGUGUCAGCAUGUCCAGUGAGGUGCAGCCGAGGCCGGACGACAGCCCCAACACCAGUGGGGGAAGCUCAGAUGCUGAGCAGAGGGAGGCGGCCCCUCCGGAGCAGCCGGGCCCCGAGCAGCGGGACCAGACUCAGCCCAAGAAGAAGGAGGCCAAAAUCUCCAGCAAGACCGCUGCCAAGCUUUCCACCAGCGCCAAGAGGAUCCAGAAAGAGCUCGCAGAGAUAACCUUGGACCCGCCGCCAAAUUGCAGCGCCGGUCCUAAAGGAGACAACAUCUAUGAGUGGAGGUCGACCAUCCUGGGCCCUCCAGGCUCCGUGUACGAGGGAGGAGUGUUUUUCCUGGACAUCGCCUUCACACCAGACUACCCCUUCAAACCACCCAAGGUGACGUUCCGUACGAGGAUCUACCACUGUAACAUCAACAGUCAGGGAGUGAUCUGUCUGGACAUCCUGAAGGACAACUGGAGUCCUGCCCUCACCAUCUCCAAGGUCCUACUGUCCAUCUGCUCCCUGCUCACUGACUGCAACCCUGCUGACCCUCUGGUUGGAAGCAUCGCCACACAGUACCUGACCAACAGAGCCGAGCACGACAGGAUAGCCAAACAGUGGACCAAACGCUACGCAACAUAGACCAGCAUUACUCCUCCAGGACCUGCCCCCCCCCCACAUCCCACAUCCCACCCACCCUAUAUACAUAUAUAUACACACACACACACACAUACACACACCUCCGACACCUCCCCUCCUCUGAAAUCUAUGGAAGCACACCCGCCCCGCCCCCUCCCCCAUCAUCCACCCCCACCCCACCCACACCCCCCACCCCUUGAGAAACGAACUGUUAUUUGUUCCAUGCUGACUUGAAAAGCUUCUUUUUUAUACAAAGAGUCUAUUGGGAUUGUAUUUUCCAAUACACUGAAUGUUGAUAUGGUCAUGAAAAGCUUUAAUACUGUUAUUGUUCUUGUCGAUGUUGUUGUUCUUUAUUGUUAUUGCAUUGUUUAUAACAUUGUCGCCCCACCUUCGUCAUCUUUAUCUUAAAAAAAAAAAAAAAAAAAGCAGCGCGCGUGUGUAUUAUUCCUGUUUCAUGUGAUUUUAUGUAAAAAGAAAAAAGGCAAAAAACAAAACAAAACAAAAAAAAAGGAUCAUACUGAGCGAGCGCAUUUAGUUUUGUUAUUUUGUUUUUUUCUUUCAGUGGUUUUUACAGCUCAUGGUCAAUAUUAGUGCAUGGCAUCAGGAUGUGUGUUCAUGCAGUGUGGACAUGUAGGUAUUAUUUCUGAUAUAUCUGUCCCGGCAGAGUUUCGGCAUGGAGCGAGCCCAUCACCAUGUAUGACGAUAGUGGUAGUUUGCUGUACAUUUAAUGCCUUGUGAGAAUACAUACUCAUUGAAUACUCAAUUAAACA